GUUUCCUGAAGGCCAACAUCGCCUUAAUCAGUUGGAUGCGUGGUCUACAGUUUGCGGGUUAGAAAAACUGACGCGACCACGACGAGGAGAAACAGAAAGUCUUACCUAAAGUAAGGGCUCUUACCCAUCAUCAUGAUUAUGUCCUACUCCCGUCUUUUCGUUCCCGCGGCCCUGUACCGGCGCUGCUUUGUGGCCCUGCUGCUCCUGCUCUACGACAAAAACUCGAGAAACACCGCUUACGCCCAGACCACCGCGACGGACACAACAACUAGUUUUUCCGUCGAGCGCUACGGAUCGAUCGACGCUACUGGCCACGAGAACACCUAUUACCAAGCGUACCAGUACAUCGGCUCGCGGAUUUUGGAGCACGGGAGCAAGAAGAACAUGCGGGUGUUCCGCUGGACGCAGACGGGGGACGUGCAGGACACGGAGAUCCUCGACUGCGCCGUGUGCCCGGGCCGGAAGUACGAGGCGCUGCCCGACGCAAAUUUGUGCAUGUGCCCGACGAACUUUGUCUACUUGGUGGACCCGACGUACCAUGUUGUGCUAGAACUCGCCCCGAACACGACCUACGUAAACUGGCCGAGUCAGUACCGGGUAAUCUCCGGGAUCUACGGGCGACAAGGGUACUUCGACGGAAUUUACGAAAAGUCGCUGUUCAACGGGCCUAUGGGAAUCUCUCUCGGGCGGCACGGAAUCUACAUUGCGGACACAAACAACCACGCCGUGCGGUUCCUGAACUAUGCGCAAGCGUAUUUGUUUUUUUUUGUCGUCUAUGAAUCUCAAUCUGAUGAGGUCGUAGGUAGCUGUGCAUGCAGUAGAUAAACUUGAAAUUGUUAUUCUUAAUAGAUGUUCGUCACCCAUGGUGCGGACGUCGCAGCACCGCUGAAGCUUAAGAAGAAAGGGGCGUGCACGCCCUGGCCUUCAGUUUGCUCUGCCUUUUAUCUUUUGAAAAUCGCUUUACUAAAUCCUCCUUUUUGCUCUGCCUCUUGUUCCCCGGGCCCAACUGGCACCAAGCAGUUUUUUUUCCCCUAGGUUUAGGUUUAGGUAGGCCGCCACCGUCGCCGGCACGGGAUGGCUGCCGUCGCGACCGUCUCACCUUCGAUCCAGCCACCACCCUCAUCUGCUACUCAAGAUCGAUCCAGAAAGGGUUUAGUUUAGGUUUCAGGGUUUAGGAACCAAUCUUAAUAGAUGUUCGUCACCAUCAUUUACACACGCGGCCGUGUUCUUGUUGAUCAUGUACAGAACUAAACACAACUCAGCGCCGCCGAACGCCGUGUGAUGACCCUCGCCGGUCACCCGUCGCUAUCCUGUGCAAAAGUAUCGCACUCCCUGCUACUCGUAUAAAUGCAUUACAAAUUUCCUCAGCAUGAGAAAGAAAAUUUGUAAUGCGGAUUUACCUUAUGAACAAGAUUUGUAAUGCGUGUGUAUGUCCCGCAACGGGGUUCGCCUAUGUCGGUCAUUUGUAUGUGAGGCGAUGGGUUACCCGGUCGGCAGAGCCGAUCCACAACGAGCGAGCGAAUGAUUGCAAUACGAGUACGAUACUUUUGCACAGGAUAGUCCCGCCCCGGCGAGCAGGACGGGCCUUCAAUGUAUGCAGAGUUUCGUUUUCCCACCUCCCUAGGCAACUACGAUCCGGAUCCGGAGAUUUACUUCCCUGCACCGAACCCGGGCAACGAAAAAAUUUUCGUCCUCGAUAACCAUAGCCGGGUGCGUAUGCUGUACAUGGACCACGUGAUCACGCUGGCCGACGGCUCUUGCCGCGCCAUGACGAAGAAGAUGUACCCGGUCCGUGUGAUCGUGCGGGAGGUCGCCUGUCACGACGUGUGGUCCAUCCACAAAACGGGUUCCGUCGAAACCGCGCUUUUCCAGCCCGCGGUCCAGUGUUCCGGGCACGCGGGCACCUGCGCACCAAGGGAGCACCCGGGCUACAGCGACAAACGCGCGAAAAACCUUCUUACCGUGGAGGCGAGUCGACCACAGAUCACGGGCAGAAUGCGGCUGUUGCAGGAGAUGUUUCUCGCGCAGAAAAUGAAGAAGACCAACAGCACGCGGAGGUACCUGUCCGCGCGCAGUCUCCUCGGCACCGGCCGGGCGUUUGACGGGAGGGAUCCGAGCCUGUUUCCCUUUACCAGUUCGGCGGAGAGUGUGAAGACGAGCAUACCAAAUGCAAGUAUGUCUGGGUCUGGGAGAUCGCGAGACUUGUCAUGCUAGUCUGGCAUGACCAGACUCUGAAAUCUGUAUUGCGUGGCCGCGAAAACAAGCUCCUCUUGCCUGUCAUGCAAAGCCGCACUUUCUCAUGCGGAGUACGCAAACCAGAACCACGGAAAAACUUGUCAUGCUUCUUGGCAGCGCAUUACAGUGUGGCCACUAUUCCCUUCUUUGCAUCACAAGUUUCCAGACCACCCAGACAUGUUUGCAAUGCAUAGAGCAGCGAGGACAGCAUUUUCGACGACCCGAGGUUCAAUUAUCCUGUGCAAAAGUUUCGUACUCGUACUAAUUUCGUUUAUGCAUUACCAAUCUUUUUUUUAAGGCAAAUCCGCAUUACAAAUUCAAAUUGUAAUGCUAAGCCAAUUUGUAUAAUUUGUAAUGCAAUUUAUACUAGUACGAUACUUCUGCAUUGCAUAUCAAUCUGUUGGCGGCAAAAACGCUGGAGGACGUGGAGUAUCAAAUGUAAAAAUGUCUGGGUCUGGAACAGAACAACUUGAACUUGUCAUGCUAAAUCUGAUGAAUCAUCAUCAUGUAAAAAUCUGUGUUGCAUGAUUACCAAAAGCUGUGCACUUUUGACCUGAUCGACGAGAGGCAGUUUCUCAUGCAGGAUGGGCAUGAUGGAACUCUCACAGAGUCUGUCAUGCUAUGUCCUUCAUACCAGACCUCAUGGGUCAUGGAAAACCUGCAUGACAAGUCUGACCCUCUUCCAGACCCAGACAUUUUUGCAGUUGAUAUGGAGCCGUGGAGGUUUAAACCAAGUUUCAACGCCGGGAUAGAAGCAGGGCGUGGGGCGGUUAGUAGACAAGAAGAUUCUGCUGAAAAUAGUAGACAGCAGGACCGGAUGCUGAAACAGAAGGAGAUGGUAGGCGGUAAUAAACAGAGCAAAACCUCCUCCACUUCCGCCACAGAAACUAGCAAAGCAUCCGCAAGUAAGAGACAAACACAACAAGAAGACCAGCCUACGAGAACUCCGCCAGCAAGUAAAAAACCCAAGCCUCGGAAAAUGUCGUCUGCACUGCAAUUUGGCGAGGAAUCCACCCUGGUCCAGGACAUCGACAAGAAGAAAAUGAGGACACUGCAGGAGAAAGCAACGCAAAGACAAAUCGACCGCACCGACGGGCCCCAGAGCGGGAAGAAAACAAGCGCAAAGAGCACGGGCGUUCUAGAGCAUUGGAAGCACAUGCGAGGUUGGUAUCAGUGGGCUUUUGGAGGUGGGAGGAAAUAAGUAGGGAAGUUCAAGGACUUGCUGCGACAGGUGGAAGAUUUGGUGCAUGUUGCCAACUACACACGUCGCUGAAGCAAAAGCAAAAUGCGCAUGAAAAUUUUAUGCACUUCAU